CCUGCCUCUUCCGCAGAUCAAGACCAAAGGCAUAUAUAACAGACGGAUUCAGCAGAGAAAUCAGCAAUCUCACUCGAGUACAGACGCGGGGAUUUAGAGGGACGGCAUUCGACCCCAAACAGAAUCAGAGCAGGAUCUUCUUUAAAGAGGAAACUUUUACAAAGACCCACCAUGACGGCCAUAUCUGCUCUUCUGCUUUUUGUCUCGGCGCUCUGUCUCUCCCUGGCGGACCAGGUGACGUUACAUCGCUUCCGGAGAGGGACCCGUCGCUACAGAGAGGUCUGUACGGACACCCUCUCCACCUCUGUCUACGCCCGUGGGGCCACCUGGCUGCGCUGGAGGGGCCUGCAGGCCGAGUUCUGCCGCUGCACAUCGAGGGGAAGGGAGCAGUGUCACAGGGUCCCUGUCACCACGUGUUACAUCCCUUACUGCUACAAUGGUGGGACUUGCAAAGAGGCGGUGUACACCUCUGACUUCCUGUGUGUCUGCCAAGCUGGAUUCACAGGGCUGCAGUGCGAGAUCAACACGGCUGAGAAGUGCAUCGUGGGAAGGGGGGAGAGCUACCGCGGCACAUGGAGUGUGACCCAGUCAGGGCUCAGCUGCCUUAACUGGAAUUCCACUGCACUGCAGGGCAAGAAGUUCAACGCUCUGAAGCCAAGGGCGGGAACUCAGGGUCUGGGCAACCACAAUUACUGCAGAAACCCUGACGACGACUCGACGCCCUGGUGCUACGUCUACAAGGGGAUUCAAAUCGAGUGGGAGUACUGCUCACUGCCCAGCUGUCCUACAGAUCCAGACUUGGAAUGCCUUAAGGAUACGGGGAAGACCUACCGGGGUACAGCGACACAGACAAAAACAGGCCAGCGGUGCCUGCCUUGGGACUUCCCUGUGUUGAGGAGCAAGGUGUACAAUGCCUGGAGGUCCGACGCCGUGAAUCUGGGCCUGGCCAGCCACAGUUACUGCAGGAACCCAGAUGGUGACCUAGCGCCCUGGUGUCACGUCUACAAGGGCCUCAAGCUGACGUGGGAGUUUUGUGACAUUCGCCUGUGUGAAAAACCACCGCUGUCCCCCUCCAUCUCCGGGAUCCAUGCCCCCACAGCCAUGAACAGAGGCACUUGUGGCCUGCGGGAACAAAGAGCACUGCAGUUUCGAAUCCGCGGGGGCCAGAAGAGUGACAUUACUCUGCAACCCUGGCAGGCCGCCAUCAGGGUUUACCUCCCGCGCCCCAACAUCUACUCAUUCUUCUGCGGGGGUGUGCUGAUCGACUCCUGCUGGGUGCUGUCUGCAGCCCACUGUUUCUCUGAAGGGUAUAAAGCCGAGAACCUGCAGGUGACACUAGGAAGAACGUUCCGGCUGCAGAACUCCAGCAGCGACCAGAUCUUUGGUGUGGAGGAUUACUGGGUACACGACCAGUAUGAUGAAGCCACAGAGGACAAUGACAUCAUGUUGCUGAAGCUGAAGAGUGACAAUGGCAUCUGUGCGGUCUACACCCCUGAGGUCCGACCCGUCUGCCUGCCAGAGCCGGACCUAGUGCUCCCUGAAUGGACGGAGUGUGAGAUCUCAGGAUACGGGAAAGACAAAGAAUUCGACGCGGAAUACUCCAAUCAGGUGAAGAGGGGACACGUGCGACUGUGGCCCGACAGCCAGUGUCUGCCAGAGAAGCUGUCCAACCGACCGGUGACCCAGAAUAUGAUAUGUGCCGGCGACACCCGAGGCCUGGAUGACGCCUGCAAGGGCGAUUCUGGGGGCCCCCUUGUCUGCCCAAAGGAUGGACGUCUGACCCUGCUGGGCAUCGUAAGCUGGGGCGAUGGAUGUGGGAAGAAGGAUGUCCCGGGAGUGUACACGCGUGUCACACGCUAUGUCAGCUGGAUCACCAACAAGAUGCAGGCCAACAGUAACUAGGAUGGGCUCUUCACUGGACUCAGACCCUUGUUAUUGCGACUUGGUUAAGAACAAGCAAUUGGAUUCACAUAGGUGUAAGAAUUACCAAAGAGAACUAAUACAUAAAACAAAUGGGAAUAUAAUUAUAUUCAGAUAAACACUGCGAAUUUUAAUGUUCAUCGUGGUUUUUUUUUUUUUUUCCCCUUAGACAAAAAAGUAUAUAAUGUUUAAACUUUUAAGGGCACAUAAGUUUGUAUGUAAGAAAAUGUAUUUAUAAUGCGUGGUUUUUAACAAUUUGACAAAGUUUCAACAAUUUUUGAUUUGAAGCAGAUUUUGUAAAUUUGUUUUGUGAUGCGUACUAAUAUGGCUGAGACCUGGAACGCUGAAAGUGAAAGUCUGCUGGCAGAGAAACUGAGAUGCAGCCAUAAGCUAACCGACAGGGUUUGUGUGCAUAGGGUUGACCCCAGGCUGACCAGUCUUAUGCAUUUGUAAAUAAACAUUAGGAGAAGCAGCUAUGUUUAUAUUUAAUGCAGACAUGACUUUAAGAUCGUAAUUACUGACCUCACCGAUGCAAAUCUUUGCUGGUGGUGUGAAUGUGUGUAUAAUCCUCAUGACAACAUGAUUUAAAGUAUUUUUCUGGUUUUUUUUUUAUUACUAUUUAUAGAGCGUAACUUGUGCUUU